GGCAAGUUGGCCUGGUGCUGAGAACCAACAUGGCGUCCAGUGUUUUGAACGCACGUGUGACGGCUUUUGUGUUUGGUUAGUCACAAGCGAUAUUUUUAAGAUAGGGUUUGAAGUAACUCACCGUCAACAUGCUACGACGCCAAGCCAGAUUACGUCGAGAAUACCUGUACCGGAAAAGUGUAGAAGAUCGUAAGAAAAGUAUUCAAACCAAGAAAGACAGGCUCAAGAGGAGCUUGGAGGAAGGCACGCGAAUCCAUACAGAAUUGCAGAAGGAUGCACUUCACCUCCAGAAGAAGCUGGAGUGGGAAGAUGAAGGCCCUCAAAAAGCGGUUGCAAUUGGAACUGAAAUGGGAGGUGCUGGUGGUACCCAUGAAGAUGAUGAAUAUCGCUGGGCUGGUGUUGAGGACCCCAAAAUUAUGUUAACCACAUCCCGAGAUCCUUCAUCACGACUAAAGAUGUUUGUCAAAGAAUUAAGAUUAAUUUUUCCGAACGCCCAGCGAAUGAAUCGAGGCAACUACGAAAUGAAACAAUUGAUUCAUGCAUGUCGGGCCAAUGAUGUGACUGACUUCAUCGUUGUACAUGAACAUCGUGGUGUGCCUGACGCUCUCACUGUCUGCCAUCUUCCCUACGGUCCCACUGCGUACUUCACCUUGUCUGAUGUGGUGAUGCGGCAUGACAUUCCAGACAUUGGCACAAUGUCAGAACAGUUUCCUCAUCUAGUAUUUCACAACUUUAGAAGUCAGUUGGGACUGAGAGUCAUGAGCAUUCUCAAACAUCUGUACCCUGUUCCAAAAGAGGAUAGCAAGAGGGUCAUCACAUUUGCCAACCAUGAUGACUACAUAUCUUUCCGGCACCACAUGUAUCGGAAGGUGGAUGGAAAGUUUGUUGAACUAUCAGAAAUUGGACCACGCUUCCAGCUCAAGCUGUAUGAGAUCAAACUAGGAACUCUAGACAAUGAAGGUGCUGCAGAUACUGAAUGGGCUCUACGACCUUACAUGAAUACAAGUGCUAAAAGAAGAUUUUUAUCAGAUGAUGAUGGCUGGGUGCAAGAAGACGAAAACAUAAAUAUUUAAGAUCUAUUACUUGUUAUUUUUAUAUUUAAAACCAUAUGUUACUGAGUUCAAAUUUUUUACAAUUCAUUAGAUUUUGUGAAUAUUGAUCUCCCUGAAUUUGUGAAUAAAUACUAAUCUUUCAAAAGUUCUGUAAAUA